AUGACUGGUCGUGGAAAGGGAGGAAAAGGAUUAGGAAAGGGAGGAGCGAAGAGACACAGGAAGGUAUUACGUGAUAACAUUCAGGGUAUCACCAAACCGGCUAUCCGUCGUUUGGCGAGACGUGGUGGUGUCAAGAGAAUUUCUGGUUUGAUUUAUGAAGAAACUCGAGGAGUACUGAAAGUUUUUCUUGAGAACGUGAUCCGUGAUGCUGUUACGUACACGGAGCAUGCAAAGAGGAAGACUGUGACUGCAAUGGACGUGGUCUACGCAUUGAAGCGUCAAGGAAGAACGCUUUACGGAUUUGGUGGUUAA